UUGAUUUCUAUGCAAACUUGGUGGUCAGUAUUGUCGGUUGAUGAAGCCCGGAUCUGGACAAGUGCGUAUUUGGCCAUGAGAGUCACGCCUGACGCCGAGAGAAGGGACAUCCUGAGGCUCUCACAAAUUGUAAUGUUGACUGCUUGUAGUGUUGCCUGCUAAAGCUUCACCGACGUCAUCACUGUCGUCGGUGGCAAGCUGGGUCGCCUGGACUUGCCCGCUCUGAGUCCACUCACAGCUAAUUAGAGAUUUUAUCGCUCGUCCCAUUAUAGACCCUGGGCACACUUCGUUAGCCUGGGCUUGGGUUCAUAAGGUCCGUCUUGCACUGGAUUCCCACUCCUCUCACUCACCCUUUCUCAUUUCAUGAGAAGAGGUGAGUGUUCAGAUCCACUGAAGUUUGUUCGGAUAUUUGCGAGGAAGGAAAAUAGACCUCCUCGUGGUAGCGACGAGAGGAUCAGAUAGGUUGGUCUCUAGGGAGUUUGCGUUCUGGAGGAUCUGAGCAAGAUGGGGUCCCAAGCAUUGAUCGCAGGUUUGAUUUUCGCAUUAUUCGCGACAACAUGCUCGGCUCAGGUGAACGAUCAGCGUGGGUUUUAUGAGCGUUUCCAAAUCAAUUGGGCUGGUGAGAAUAUAUGGGAUAAUGCGUGGGCCAAAGAGGUCCAAAUGCAGCUCGUCCCCACCGGUGGAGCAUCCAUCGCAAGUUACAACUCUUACCUGUAUGGUCACUUCAGUGCCCGCUUGAAGCUGGUUGCGAACGAAUCUUCUGGCGUCGUCACCGCACUCUACCUCACUUCAUACGGUCCUAACUGGGAUGAGAUCGAUUUCGAGUUCCUCGGAAAUGAAACUGGGCAGCCCUACGUGCUGCACACCAAUCUCUUCGUCAAUGGUAAUGGAAGCAGGGAGCAGCGCAUAUUCUUGUGGUUCGACCCAACAUUGGACUUCCACACUUAUGCUGUUGUCUGGAACCACGAGCAGAUCUUGUGGUUGGUUGACGAUAUCCCAAUCCGUGUCCACAAAAACCGCGAGGCUUGGCACCCGAACUCCUUCCCUCACUUCCGUCCUAUGGUAGUUGCGGCGAGCAUUUUUGAGGCCAGUACCUGGGCUACUCAAGGUGGCAGAGUGCCCAUUAAGUGGGAAUUUGCUCCUUUCAAGAUCACUUUCUCGAACUUCACCUUCGAUGCGUGCACGGUGUGGAAUAAUGACACUACUCCGUGCAACACGGAAUACUGGAACAAUCCUUGGGAGUCUUGGAAUUACACGAACUUGGACUGGGCGCAGGCAGGCCAGCUGAACUGGGUUAAGAAUUCUUUUACAGUGUACGAUUAUUGCACUGAUAGGGUUAGAUUUCCAGUCGAACCCGCUGAGUGUGUAUACAACGCCGUCUAAGUGACCACAAGAUGUAGAUAUUAGUUGCUGUAGUUUGGAUCCUACUAUUGUUAAGCUUCGAGAGCAGCCUCGCAGCGGCUUGUGCUGGCAGAGCAGGUGUAGUUUUCGAAUUGUAUGAGUAUGUAAGAUGGUACAGGUCAGGCCCGAGGCCUCUGUCGCAUAGGAUAUGAUCUCCAGUGGAAGGAGUCCAUUCAUACAAGCAAUAAAUUGUUGAAGUCGAAGAGAUUGUU